GUGAACACGAAAUCUCCCAAUUGCCCAAACCCCCAAAUAAAAACCAAAGACCUCUUUGCUUCUCCCUUCUCUGAAAACCACCUUCUGGUGAUCUCAUUCUUCAACACCUCACCACUCUCUCUCUCUCUCUACAACUCCCUCUCCUUUCUCUCUCAUAAUUCCUCUCUCUCCUCCGACAAUUACCCGCCACCAUGACCGUCAUGAUGUCCGCUCCCAUUGACCAGCAAGAGGAUGAGGAGGUGCUCGUGCCACAUGCUGAUUUGCCUGAGAACAACCACCAGCCCAUGGAAGUUGUAGCUCAACCUGAAACUGCCAAUGCUGUUGAGAGCCAGCCUGUCGUCGAUCCCCCGCAAACCAGAUUCACAUGGAGAAUUGACAAUUUUACUAGGCUGAAUACAAAAAAGCUCUAUUCAGAAGUAUUUGUUGUUGGUACUUAUAAAUGGCGUGUGCUUAUUUUCCCAAAAGGAAACAAUGUGGACUAUUUGUCCAUGUAUUUGGAUGUCGCAGAUUCAACUAGUUUGCCCUAUGGUUGGAGUAGAUAUGCACAGUUUAGCUUGGCAAUUGUUAAUCAAAUCCAUAAUAAGUUUUCUGUGAGAAAAGGUAUCCCUUUCAUUUUGAGCAUUGCUGGAAUUACACUUGUCACAUGAUGGCACUGGCUAGUCAUAACUG